AUGCAUUGGACAGCGGACGACUCAUCUUAUAUCGCGACCGAGAUACAAGCGACUGUCAUGACCACGACGUCUGCAAUCCACCCUUUAGACAAGUUAAUUUCUUACUAUUCUUCAUGGAAGAAACUCAAACGUGCCUGCGCAUGGUUGUUGCGCUUCCAAAGAUUUAUUCUAUUGAAGACAGACAUUUCAAAUACGAAGACAUUGUUGUAUGGAAGUUUGAAUAUACGUGAGUUGGAAGUCGCCGAGUCGGCACUAUUGCGCUACGUCCAGCGGCAGGCAUUCUCCGACAUAUUUGACGGUCUACUGAGGCACGCAAACAGUUUUGGGACGGGUGUGCUGAAGCGUUCUUCUAUGCACAAUCUGUGUCCAGUGAUGAAGGAUGGACUCUUAAAGGUAGGAGGGCGGUUGGACAACCUUGAUGCAACGCAAGAUAGAAAACGUCCGGUCAUUCUACCCAGUCGACAUCCAAUUACGGACCUGAUUGUUCGGCAUUAUCAUUUGCGUGAAGGGCACAUGGGACUGACGCAUGUGUUGUCAGCCACUCGUGAGAAAUUUUGGAUCAUAAAGGGUGCCUCGGCAAUAGAAGCCGAGGAAAUAGAGCUGGAGAUGCACAGACUGAAAUUAAGGCAGCGGCAACUGUCCUUAGAAAGACGAAUAGCAUUAGGCAGCCAGCAAACUAGUGACGAAGAAGCUGAAGCACAUGUCCAAGCCGAGGCCACACAGAAAAACCAUUUGGACUCCGUCAAAACGUACCUGGAAGGAUGUCAAGCAACCGCUCUAGUCGAUGGGAAUCAGAACUUUUUCCCAAAGGUAAUAACACCGCCAAUUCAGGCCACCGGAUAUCGAGAUUGCUAA